UCCGUUGCGAAAUUUCCAUCAAGAGAGUUUGAGUGAUACGCGGGGAUAGCAAAACAAAAAUCGGCCAAAAACGGAAAAAUUAUGGCCGUAAACGUAUUUUCCACAAGUGUUACUUCUGAUAAUCUUAGUAGACAUGAUUUGAUUGCCUGGGUAAACGAUACUUUGACGUUAAACUACACGAAAAUCGAGCAACUUUGCACCGGGGCGGCAUAUUGUCAGUUUAUGGAUCUCCUAUUUGAAAAUUGUGUUCCUUUGAAGAAGGUCAAAUUUGGUGCGAAGCAAGAACACGAAUACAUCGCGAAUUUCAAGAUUUUACAAAGUGCAUUUAAGAAAUGUGGAUGCGAUAAAAUCAUCCCUGUCGACAAGCUUGUAAAAGGAAGAUUCCAAGACAAUUUUGAAUUUUUGCAAUGGUUCAAAAAGUUCUUUGAUGCAAACUAUGGAGGCCAGGAAUAUAAUGCUGUAGAAGCACGCCAUGGCCAAACAGACGCUGGUCCGAAUGUGGUGAAGAGAAAAGCUGUAGGUUCUGGAAGCUCCCUAGACAAACAACCUGCAGCAGCAAGAAAGCCUACUGCACCAAGUAGAGCAACUGCAGCAGCACCCGCAGGCGGAAUCGCCUCAAGAAUGAAGCCGCCUCCAGGAUCAGCUGCAAAACAAGCAAAUAAAGACCUGUUAAAUGAAAUUGACGAACUGAAGACAACAGUUGAAGGCUUGGAAAAAGAGCGGGAUUUCUACUUUGGUAAACUGAGAGAUAUUGAGGUUCUCUGUCAAGAUCAAGAAGGCGUUGAAAAACCACCAAUCAUUGAAAGAAUUCUGGCUGUCCUUUAUGCCACUGAGGAAGGGGACGGUUUCGCAAGCCCUGACGCAGAAGGCAACGGGGACUUCGAACAAGAAGAAUACUGAACACCCUGCUCCUGCUAUCAAGCACUCUCCGCCCAUGAAGCAGUCAAAAUUGGUUUCUUGUAACAGAUGGCUACAUACAGGAGUACGCUCAUCGUAUUCUCUACAGUAUAUAGGCCCGACAACACCGCUUUUGAGCUACCCUUCAGCAAUCCAAAUGUCAAAGUAUUGUUUAUAGUUUAUAUACCGUCCAAGAAUAGCGAUAGUGUUUUUUCGCGGUUUAGAUGUGUGUAUUUGUGUCAAGUCCAGUUAUUGACAUACUUCUAUCAUAGACACGAUUUGUUUGACCUGUUUUGGGCUCUGAUAAGACCGUCUUUGGUCUGUUGUCACCUCACGCACUUGGCCCUUGUAUUCUGUACACAUCGCCGGUUUUACUUGCGUGGCCGCGUUGUGUUAAGGCAUCUCGCCGUGUUUUGUAUUAUUGCGCUGUUGUUGAAGGCAAAUGAGGGUCUAGGUCUCAAGCACGAAUGCCAAAAUGGUUUUAAUAAAUUUGUUUUCCACCCCCGAA